UGUAUCCUAUGCUAUUGAACAGAUUUGUCGCGUUGCAAACUAGCUACACGCCGGCGUUAAAGCCGUGAAAAGAUGCUCCUUCAUGGGAUUAAAACAAUAAAACAAACGCCCGGAAGUCUUGAAAAACUUUGCCCAACUGUGGCCAAACUUUGAUAGACCGCAAACCAGCCCACUUCCCUACAGUUUCGAGUGUGUUAGCAUUGUUUUAUCUCCCCACUAUUGCCAUUGGACGCGUCUUUUUUUCUUAUUCUGGAGCAGUCCAGUCUGAUGAAUUCACCGAAAAAAGACGGAGAUGAUGAUGUGCCCGUUAAAGACCCGGUAAAAUACGGCGAACUGGUCAUUUUGGGGUACAAUGGCUCGCUUCCAAGUGGAGACCGCGGGCGCAGAAAGAGCCGCUUCGCUCUGUACCGAAGGGCCAAGGCCAACGGUGUCAAACCCAGCGCUGUGCACAUCCUCAACACGCCACAGGACAGCAAGGCGGUCCACAGCAGGGGGCAGCACAGUAUCUCCUUCACGCUGUCCCGCAACCAGACAGUGGUGGUGGAGUACUGCCAUGACAACAACACAGACAUGUUCCAGAUCGGACGCUCCACAGAAAGUCCCAUUGACUUCGUGGUGACAGACACCUCGGGAGGGGGAAAGGAUGGAGAGGACCCGUCCAUCGCCCCCAGCACAAUCUCCCGAUUCGCCUGCAGAGUGGUGUGUGAGCGCAACCCGCCCUACACGGCUCGCAUCUAUGCUGCAGGCUUCGACUCCUCCAAAAAUAUCUUCCUAGGGGAGAAAGCAACCAAAUGGAAAAAUCCCGAUGGGCACAUGGAUGGCCUGACCACCAACGGGGUGCUGGUGAUGCACCCGGAAGGUUUCCCAGAAGACCCCAAGCAGGGUCUGUGGAGGGAGAUCUCCGUCUGCGGGGACGUUUAUGCUCUGCGGGAGACGCGCUCCGGACCCAGUCGAGGCAAACUGGCGGAGGGAGAGAGCAGCGCGCUGCGUGACGGCUCCCUGGUCGACCUGUGUGGUGCCACCUUGUUGUGGCGCACAGGCGAGGGGCUCAUGCGUGCUCCCACGCUGCGUCACCUGGAGGCGCUUCGCCAGGAGCUCAACGCGUCCCGACCCCAGUGUCCUGUAGGCCUCAGCACACUGGCCUUCCCCAGCCUGCCACGCAGCCACAGCCUUGAGGAGCGUCAACCUUGGGUCUACCUCACCUGCGGCCACGUACACGGACGCCACGACUGGGGCCAGAGGUCUGAGGGGGAGGAGGAACCGGCGGAAGGCGAGGGCUCCACCACCCGCAGAGAAUGUCCCCUGUGCAGGAGCGUGGGUCCCUACGUGCCACUGUGGCUGGGCUGCGAGCCCGCCGUGUACGUCGACGCCGGGGCUCCCACUCACGGUUUUGUGCCAUGCGGCCACGUCUGUUCAGAGAGGACAGCCAGAUACUGGGCCGAGACCCCUCUGCCCCACGGGACGCACGCCUUCAGACCCGUCUGCCCCUUCUGCUCCGCUGCCCUCAGCUCCCCCGGCUGGACGCGGCUCAUCUUCCAGGGCCCCAUCGACUAGCCGCCCGCUCCUCGGCAACCACUCUCACAGCGACGGGAAUCUACCUGAGCUUCAUUCAUGUUGCAAACGUUGAUCGGUGUGGAAAGGUGUGGAAAUACGUUCGGAGUACGUAAGCUAAAGCAUUUGUGUUUGCAACAUUGUGUCACUGAAUGUAGCUCAGUGCUGAAGAAUCCUUCCCCUUGUUUAUCCUUCAGUGCUUGUUGAUUGGUAUAGGAUCAGCAGCUUAGGUGAAAGAGACGUGACAGAAUAGUAAAUACUGUCACGUGAAUCGGAUGUUUCUAAUUCCAGCCGACCAUGAAUCCACCUCCUUUUAAUAAUUAUAGAGCCUUAAAUGGAGGUGGAUUUAUGGUCGGCCUUCAGUUAGAUAUAGUUCUCAGAAAUAACAUCACGCAUACACAGGAGCUUAAAUAAUGCUACUUGACCUUUUUUUCCAACAUGUAUCUUCACAACACUAUUAAAUAAAACAGCACCACAGUAAUAUUAUACUUUAUCGGGCUAAAACACUCAGUAUCAGACACAAUGCAUGUUAAGAAAUGGCAAGUAGCUUUUUGCACAUAACAAAGGAAAUGGCCUUGUUUCUCAGUUCGCAUUAAUUGUAGGUCAGUGUUCUUUCCGUGGUGGAGCACCUCUAACACUUGGCAACCUAAUUUUUUUAACAUAUCAAGAUAGCUCUUCUGCCCCGGACUCCCGUGAUUUAAAAAAAAAAAAAGAUUUGCAUUCUGGCUUCCUUCCUCAACUGCUAGCUGUUUUAUAUUUAUAGCUGUGUACUCAGCUUUAUCGACUACUCAUGAUAAAUGUGGGAGGUUACAAGACGAGAGGCUUGAGCUCCCGUGCACCAUUUCAAAUUCCUAGUGAGCCAUGAAGGGGAAUUUGUUUUUAAAAUCAGGCUUCUUUCACUAUAUGCAGUUAUCAUUUUUUGUCUUCACAUAUCCUUUUAGUGUGAAAUCUAUGCACAGACCCUGCCCUUAAACAAGUCCCCCCCUUGAUUACCUCUUAAGCACAGAGUGAGCGCUGCAUCCACUUGAUCUUAUCCUAAUUAUGAAGCAGAGCGAGGAUAAACAAAGGCUGGGAAAUAAACUGGGUAAACUCCACUUCACAACUCUCUGAAGCAAUAAUCUCACUGAUAAGCUAGAUGUUGUGCUAUGUUUAGCCAAGUGUUAGGUCAGUAGUCCCUUCAAACAUGGCUGAAAUGGCUUCCAGGUUAAGGGCUCAACCAGAGGCGCGUUCGAUUCCAUGACUUUUUUAUUUCCAAAUGGGGUUUUAGAUGAAUGAUGACAGUAUGUAUGGUGUGUCCAGAGCACUAAUAUUUAAAGACAGGCAGCAGAAUCAGCGACUAAAUAACUAAUAUACAUUUAACCCUUUAUAGGGCCAUUGUUAUAAUACUUGGAAAUACUAAAUUUCAACCAUAGAGUGUUAUUGUAUGAGAAAAUCAAGAUAAAUUAAUUUAACAUAUAUGGUUCUUUGCCCUUAAGAGGUAAAUAAAUGUAAACAUGUGUUUAGACCCUAAGUGCUGAUUCAAGCACUUGUCAACAUUACAUCACAUUAGGCCACUUCUUCUUCUUGGUAUCUACCGAAGCAAUUGUGCUCAGCUUUCCUGCUUCUAAACCUCACUGAGCGGCACAGGGUCGCAAUUUAAAAUGUGUGCCGAAGUUACCAUAUGUGGUUCCUUGCCCCAUGAAGGGUUAAAAACCCAAUCCAGACACAUGCUAAUCUCCAGGAGCGGUUGUUUUAGCCACACAACAGCACAGCUGUUGGUAUUGUUCUGAAAACGACUUGUUGCAUUGCCUCUCUCAUUAACUUGAACACACUUCUGGUUACCGAAUUAUGCUACACAGGGUCUAUGUUAGUGUGAUGGCGUGUCAGUAGGUUUGACCUUGUACAACCUCAAAUUAAAACCUCUUUUUUUUUUGUUUUGUUUUGAAGAAAACUAUUUUGUUAGGAAAGGGGGAGGUGUUUAUUUUGGGGAAGUGGGGAGAAUCCUUUUAGAUGUUCAGUGUUUAAAAAAAAAAAAAAGAAGAAGAAGCUAUUUUUCUAACUGGUUUUAGUUAACUGUUGUUACUCAGUGUAAGCAAGUUGUGUAUGUUUCAAAAUAUAACCGCGUGGUAGAUGUAGGAGAGCUUGUGAGUGAGAAAACGUUGCCAACACUGUGUCCAACAAACACACACGUACACACUGCUACCGUAAAAAAAACAACAACAACAUUGCCCAGACAAUGAAUGUAGCCAAAUACUCGGGCUAUAUUUAGCCUUCCCUGGUGCUCAUAUUGAAUGGUCUAUAUUGUGAUACUAUUUUUGUAACUGAAUAUUACGGUGUAGCUUGGUGAACUAGCUCAAAAAAACGAAAUAAAAAGUCUGGUCGUUUCAAUAAUAGCCUCAAGUAUGGAAGACAUAACUGAUUUAUACACUCUCACAUGGAAAUUGUGUCUAGCUUGCAUGUGCUGAACGUACACGUAACGGUAUGUACACUACACACACACACACACACUUAAAAACUUUGCACGGUGGAUUGCCAACUUGUUAUUCAUGCUGAGAACGUUUGUCGCAGACCAAGUUGUCUUCCGAGCUCCUCAGUUGUUAAACCUGCAGCAUUUUGUUUUGCGAAGAGAGGAAAAGAAAGCCUGAAAAAAAAUCAAAAAAAAAAAAAAUCCUCAUACUUGAUAAAACUUUGUGAAUGAGACCUCUUGUACUGCUAUGCUAAUAUUUCCCACCGGAACCAGUGAACGCUGCAGAAGGAAUCACGUCAACACCUGUUUACAUUUUUGUAUGUAGACGCAUCAUGGAACGUUUGGAGCGAGCGAAAGGCAGCGCACUGUUUUCAGAAUGUGAUGUUUUCCUUUUAAAGUCUAAAAUACGGCAUUUGUAGUGCGGUGGAUAAGUGGUGUAGUGUUGAUAAUUACUGUAGCUCAGGAUUAGUGAUUUCAGACUCAGCUGGUGAGGCCUGGGGGAAGCCAUGAUUUAAGAAAAAAAAAAACAACAACAAAGAAAGAAAACAUGAUUGAAAAAGUUCACGAACCGCAAAACGUAACCUUGGCGUUAGAUGUGAGAGUAUAAACAUCUAAUAUCCAAACUACUGAGGUCAUACAGUCUGUAGAUCACCACAGGUCAGUCACAUACGGGUCUUUAUAAAAAGAUGAAACUGGCACCAAGAGGCAAAGAAAACAUCCGCUGCCCUUUAUACAUCACGCCAAAUCCAGUAAAUAUAUCCACUAUGUACUGUGUGUAUGUAUAUAUAUAUAUAUGUAUAGUAUAUAUAUAUAUGUAUAGUAUAUAUAUACACAGUACAUGUAACACAAUUGGCAUGUGGAUGGAGAAUCUUGCAGCACCCUCAUUGGCUUCUACUUCAUGAUCUUAGAUACUUGUUUCAGCUCAAGUUAUUCCUAAUUUGAAUCUUUUCCUUUUUAGAUUUUAGGAGGAUAUUUUAAUGCAGCGUCAGGUUAUUUAACACCACCGGUAACAUGUUUUAUCAUCACAUACACUUUAUUCAAAUGCCAUUCAUUCAAGAUGGAGAAACCUCAACCUCCUCGACACACGAGCUCGCCUUACUGCAGGCGAGCGAGUAGCUAACAUGUAUUAUACAGCGUGACAACCUCACGAUUAACAAUGCAUUCCUUUAAAUCUAUCUGUGUUAUGUACAGCUAUUUUGUAUUAUUUUAUAACAUAUUCUUCUGUAUUCGUCCGGUGCACAGACAAUCGCUAUACACAUGUCAAUAAACCAGUUAAAAACCA